GUGAGACUCAUAUUGUUUACAGAAUAUAAGCCAUGAAUUGAACGCCAUUUCAAUGCAACCAUUGUUUACGACAAGUGUUUACGACUUAAUGAUUAUAUUGACGAUGAUUGUCACCAUUGGUUAGUCUUAUCAGUGAUAGUGGUUGUAGUGAGCGAUGGAUAUGUCGUCAAUAGAGCUGUUGAACGUGGAGUCGGUGUCACCACUGAUGCGGUCGCUGCACAAGACGGAUGAGCUGUACGGCGAGGAGCGGGUGGACACCCCGUGGGGACAGUUGUGUGUCUUGCAUCAGGGCAUGGAUGUGAGUCUCGGCAAACCGGUGAUCCUCACGUACCACGACUUGGGCCUCAACACAGUGUCCAACUUCCAGGCCUUCUUCAACUUCAUGGACAUAAAGCUGUUGUUGCAGUCCUUCUGCGUCUUCCACGUGACGGCGCCGGGAAUGGAGGACAACGCGCCCCCCCUUCCCGACAACUAUGUCUACCCAACCCUCGACCAAAUGGCACAACAGAUCCAAUCGGUGUGCAAACACUACAGCAUUAAGACAUUCAUCGGUUUCGGAGUAGGCGCCGGCGCCAACAUUCUGUGCCGUUUUGCACUCAAUAGUCCCGAUGUAGUGGACGGUCUGUUUCUGAUAAACCCGACGUCAACCCAGUCCUCGUGGAGUGAAUGGCUGUUCCAGAAGCUGAAUGUGUAUUACUUGGGCUCCGGGAACAACAACAACGGUGCGAGUGUGAGCCCCUUCCCGGUGACGACACAGAACUACCUAAUGUGGCACCACUUCGGCAAACAGACGGAGGACCGGAACCGCGAUUUGGUGGAGACGUAUCGCACCUACUUCUCCGGUCGAUCGAUGAAUGCCCGCAAUCUGUCGCUGUUUAUCGACUCGUAUAUAAAGCGCACGGAUUUGGGUAUCGCUCGCGGAGACAAAGAGCGCUCAUUCAAGUGCUCAGUGCUCGUGCUGUGCGGCGCCCUCUCGCCCCACGUGGACGACACGGUCACUAUGAACGGACGGCUCGACCCCUCCAACAGCACUUGGAUGAAGCUGUCGGACUGCGCGAUGGUUCUCGAGGAACAGCCGGGCAAAGUGUCCGAGGCGUUCCGUCUCUUCCUACAGGGCUUGGGCUACGCUCUGACCGCUUAUGAGAGAAGGCGUUCAUCCCUUCGCAAAAUGAGUCUCUCGAGUGACAGCGGAGAUGCCAUUAAUGGCAACACUUUGAAUGGUCUGAAUGGCUCCGACAGUCGCAAGAAUUCCAUCGAUGAGGAGUCCACCGAAGGGGGCGUUCACAUCGUCGAGAAUCCUAUCGCUAACCGCUAG